CAGCUGAGUCCAUCUUGUAAAUUUGCGUGAACAUCAUCGACAUAUUACGUAUGUGUAAAUUUCAUAAAAAAAAUAAAAUUUGUCUAGUGAAAAAUACAAAAAAUAAAAUUCAAUUAAUAUUUUCUUAAGAUUUUUUGUAUGUUAGAAAUUCAAAUACAUUGCUUCGUAAUUUUAUUUAUACGAUGAGUGUCUUAAAGAAAUAUGUACUAGUAAAGUACAUUGACAAAAAUAUGUACAAAAUAGCCCAUCGCAGUAUGAUAUAUAAGAAAGAUAAACGUAGUUGGAAGAACUUAGAUUGCAUUAGUGAUUUAGAAGGUGACAUAUUUUUAAAAAAAGAUGAUGAAUUUAUUGAGGUUAUUGCCCGAGAUGAAGAUGAUGAUUACGAACAAUUACGUGCCAGAAAUGAUCAUUUAACUGGGAAACGGAUUCCAAUUCUGAAAAGGCAAAGUUUAAAAACACCACCAAAUGCUGGCCCAAAAAAAAUUGCAAAAAAUAAAACUAGCAACAAGAUAAUUGCAAAGGAGCGAAACAAAGCAUUAUUAGAUGCUGAAAAUCAAGGAGAUCAGUUCUUUCAACAAAUGGAAAAUGAUGAUCUAAUUGAUGGGGAUGGUGAUGUCACUGAUGGAGCUGAUGGUGGUGGUGGAUCUGAUGGUGGUGGUGGAUCUGAUGGUGGUGGUGGAUCUGAUGGUGGUGGUGGAUCUGAUGGUGGUGGUGGAUCUGAUGGUGGUGGUGGAUCUGAUGGUGGUGGUGGAUCUGAUGAAGAUGAUGUUCAAAAUAAUUUAUCGGAUACUGGCGGUAAUAACGGUUUACCAGCAACUUCUCCAGGCAGGCGUCAUCAUUCUCCUUUAUCGCGAGGUGGUAAUGCUUUGCAAUCAAGUAAAGUUUUACGGUCGCUUCAGAAUCUGAACAAAGUUACUGCAGAAAAUAGCAGAAAAAUUGAGCAGUUGAGGAAAGGAGCUAUUACUAAACAAACUCUAGAUGAAGCUUUUAACAGAUAUGCCGACAGAAUGAACAAUGCAAAUAAAGAAAACAAGUUUGGAGCUGAAGAACCUGAAUUCACAGCAGACCAUAAAGUGAAAAUUUUAAACGAUUUCAAUAUGGAUUAUGACUUAUUUUACUUGGCAAUAACUGCUCAGAAAAAUUCAAUUAGAGCAAAAAAAGUUAUGAGACAAUUAUGGCCAAAAGAAGAGCGUAAUCAGUUACUGGUGAAAUUUGAUGAACACCGACCGCAUAUGCGAGUUGUGACGAAAGCAGAGUAUAUGAAAUUACUUGAUAUCCUAAAGAAAUUAGACGAAAUUCAACACAUAUAA